AUGUCGGUGGCAUUUUCAUCGGCGCGCCCCAGGAGUAAAGGGGAGGUGACACAGCAAACGAUUCAAAAGAUGCUGGAUGAAAAUCAUCAUUUAAUACAAUGUAUAAUGGAUUACCAAAGCAAAGGAAAGACAGCUGAAUGCACACAGUAUCAGCAGAUCCUGCACAGAAAUCUUGUUUACUUGGCCACAAUAGCAGAUUCAAAUCAGAACAUGCAGUCACUACUACCUGCGCCUCCCACUCCUAGUAUGUCCAUGGGUCCUGGAGGAAUGGGACAGAGCGGGGGACAUGCUCCAAGCAACCUCAGUGAUAGCAUGGCACCUGGACUGCCCCCUACAUCAAUGAUGCAGAGCCAAAUGAGCAAUGGCCCCAGCCAUGCUCCCAUGCAGCAGCAGUCUGGUCAGGUGCAGUCGGCUAUUCCCUCCACAUCCCUCAGCCUGCCAGCCAGCAGCUACGGUAGCUCGGCCUCAGCCUCCGGCUACAGCCAUGCUGCGCCUUCCUCCCAGGGCAGCAUGAUCCAGGGCCCUGGUCCUGCCUAUGGCUCUUCCUCUUCCUCCACAUCCUCAUCCUCCUCUUCCUCCUCCUCCCGCAGCAACCUCAACAUGCAGUCCAACCAAGUCUCCAUGAUGCACCAACAAUCUGCCACUCCGCACUACUCCUCAGCCCAGGCUGGGGGCCCACACUAUCAGGGACAGCAGGCCAUGGGCAUGAUGGGUCAGGGCAGUCAAGGAAACAGUAUGAUGUCUCAGAGGCCCAUUGGAUCCUACCGCUCUUCGCAGCAAGGAUCUGCACAGCAGUACAUGGGACAAGACGAGUUCUACGGAGAGCAGUAUGGACACACUCAGAGCUCCAGCGAGCCCAUAAACCAGCAGUAUUACCCUGAUGGUCAUGGGGAAUACUCCUAUCAACAGUCUUCAUAUGGUGAGCAAGGUUACGACAGGUCCUUUGAUGAGUCUUCACAGCAUUACUAUGAAGGAGGUAACUCUCAGUACAGUCAACAGCAGGCCCAGUAUCAGCAGAGCUCUGGCCAGCAGCAGACAUUCAGCCAGCAGCAGUACUCCUCUCAACAAGGCUACACCGGACAGCCACAGGGAUACGGACCUGGCCAGGGUGGAUCCUCCCAGUAUUCUCAGUAUCAGCAGGGUCAAAGCCAACAGUAUGGUUCCUACCGCUCCUCCCAGGGAGGCCCUGGAGCACAGACGCAGAGGCCCUAUGCAUAUGAACAGGGUCAGUAUGGAAAUUAUCAGCAAUAAAGUACCACAUUAUUGUCCUGUUGGAAGAAAAUGACAUGUGCUGGGCUCAGCUGUGGAUUAGAAGAUCUGGCUGC